AGACCACACGUAGGGGACAGGUUCUUCAGGUCCCAGGCUUCAACCAGUAUAUAUAAAGCAUUAAGCAGGCAGACAUCUUCUUCAGGCCACCACUUCAAAGCUAAGGAUCAGAAGCACUGAUCGAUCAGCAUUUUUCAGCUAGCUGAUCGAUCAGUUGGGCUUCAGUUCAGUGAAGUUCUUGACAUGGGAAGAUCACCUUGCUGCGAUGAGAGUGGCCUCAAGAAGGGGCCAUGGACACCGGAGGAGGAUGAGAAGCUGCUCCACUACAUCCAGAAGAAUGGCCAUGGCAGCUGGAGGACACUGCCCAGGCUUGCAGGUUUGAACAGGUGUGGCAAGAGCUGCAGGCUGCGGUGGACGAACUACCUGAGGCCGGACAUCAAGAGGGGCAAGUUCUCCCAGGAGGAGGAGCAGACCAUCCUCCACCUCCACUCCAUCCUCGGCAACAAGUGGUCGGCGAUCGCGACGCACCUGCCGGGGAGGACGGACAACGAGAUCAAGAACUUCUGGAACACGCACCUCAAGAAGCGUCUCAUACAGAUGGGGUUCGACCCCAUGACGCACCGGCCGCGCACCGACUUCUUCGCCGCGCUGCCGCAGCUCAUCGCGCUCGCCACCCUCCGUGACCAGCUCGCCGCGACGGCGUGCGGCGGCGGCGGCGGUGGCGACACGGCGGCGGCGGCGGCGGCGCAGAUCAUGCAGGGCGCCGGUGGUGGUGGUGGCGCCGACGUUGCCAUCCAGGCCGCCAAGAUGCAGUACCUGCAGUGCCUCCUCCAGUCCGCCGCCUCCACCAUCGCCUCGGCCGGCUCCGGCGGCGGCGGCGGCGGCGCCAUGUCCGCGCACGACGCCGACGCGGCUCUCGCCGCCGCCGCCGCCGCCGCGGCCACCUGCUCGUCGUCGCCUGCAGGCAGCUCUGUCCCGAUCACGCCGACGGCCGUAGGCCAUUCCGGCGGCGGCCAGACCCAGACGACACCGUGCGCGUUUUCCGAGGCUCCGGUGAUCACGAGCGACGACGUCGAGGCCAACCUGAGGCUCCUCGGCUGCGGCGCCGGCGGCGCCGACGCGUUCACGUGCCACGGUGGCUCUCUGCCGCCGCUCGCCGAUCUCUCCGACGUGACGACGACGACGAUGACGAACCCGUUGGACUGGUGCAGCGCGACGGCGUCGGCGUCCAGCUGCGGCGGCGGCGGCGGCGCGAGCAGCCCGUUCCCGUGGCCGGAGUUCUUCCACGACGACCCCUUCAUCACUGAUUUCCUAUGACGUCAUGAUAAUACUGCCAUAAUAACGUAUACGAAUGAAUAUAAUACGUACCUUAUACCUAUAUAUAUACGUACGCUGAUCUAUUCACAACUUUUGUAAGAUCUAUACACGUCUGCAUGUAUAAAAAGUACUACGUAUAAUUUUUUUUU